AUGCUGACGCUCGCCAAUGAAGCCGAGAUGUGCCAGGUGACCUAUGGUGGAGAGUGUCCCGCCUGGGCCUGCAGGUCUGGCCUGAUCAGGGUGCUGACAGGAGGAGCCAUGGAGACCUUCUGCGAGACGGUGCAGUUUUACCUGAGGCACCUGGAGGACAGCGUGUACCCCGUGAUGACUGAGGACCAGUUUGCACUGAAGCUGUUCCCCAUGUAUCGCUACUUCGUGACGGUGUGGCUGCGGAACAACACCCCGGAGGUGAAGCUGGGGGUCAUCAAGUCCCUGAAGCCCAUGCUGAACCUCCUCCUGCCCAGGGAUGCCCUGCGGGACCAAGUGUACGACUCCCUCCCUCUGCUGCUGGCGGGGUACCAGGGCAGCCUGGAGGCACUCUUUAUCACGCGGGUGAGGGGCCUGGGCUGGGGGCUCAGGGACACUGAUCCUUGGAUGUAA